AUGUGUGACGGACCAUUGUCUUCAAUUUAUUGCAAUGGAGACAUAUUGUAUCUUUCCUGGCAAUUUGGACUCCAAGAAUCUUGCCCCGGUGAUAAAUUGAAAGUCAAUGAAGCACAAGUUCUGUUCAAUUUCGCUCGGUGAGUUUUCCCAACAAAAAUAAACAAUUACGAAUUGAAAAUAUGAGAAGAAUAAUUGUCCAGCUUUAUUUUCAAAAAAAAUUUGGACAUAUGAUGAAAUAUGAAAUAAAAUAUUUUCAGCCUCAAAUACCCGAUCAAACGAGAAGAUUUUGAGAACUUCUGCAAUGCCAAUUUUGAAAAAUUCGAUUAUUUGGUACCAUAUCCCAUUGUUCCAAAAACGGGAAACCUUCACUACACCAAUGAAAUCAAUAAUAUGAAACAUUUAAAAUUGGCAAUUGAAAUCAACAAAAGAUGGAAUGAUUUGUCGAAAGUUUUUAAUCAAAAAUUGUUAUUACAACCACAUCUUUUCCCAGUUCGAGUUGUUCAAGAUCCUUUUAUCAUUCCUGGCGGUCGUUUCAAUGUCUAUUUUUAUUGGGAUUCAUAUUGGAUCAUCAAAGGAUUGGCACGAGCUCGCUUGUGUGAAUCAAGCACUUUCAUUGUCAAAAAUUUUAUCUCACUUAUCAACCAAUAUGGUUAUGUUCCAAAUUCUGGACACAUACAGUUAGUUUAAUUAUGAACAUCUUUAUUUAAAGUCAGUUUUCUCCAGAUUGUCACGUCGUUCCCAACCUCCAAUGCUGCUUCAUAUGAUUGAGGAACAAUUUGCAAGCUGUCAGAAUAUAGAAUACGAUUGGUUAGAGGCAGCUGCGAAAGAAAUGGAAUUCUGGGAAACUAAUCGAACAAUAAAAAUUGAUAAUCACACAAUGUUUUUGUACAGGGUAGGAGUUCAAAGUAUUAAAUUUUAUGAAAAUUUCGUAUUUUUUCUAGACACAAACCAAUUGUCCUCGACCUGAAAGCUUUUUGGCUGAUUACAACAAGGGUAUCAGUUCAACAGAUCCGAGAAAAGUUUGGAGAGGAAUUUCUUCAGCGUGUGAAAGUGGUUGGGAUUUUAGCAGUCGGUGGAUUUCGGAUAACUCGACCAACACUAUUCAAGCAGAUCGUAUUGUGCCAGUUGAUUUGAAUGUUAUCAUGGCAAAGAAUUAUUAUAUUCUUUUUGAAUUGUAUAACUUGUUUGAGAUGUUUGAGUAAGUUGGAAACUAUUUUCUAAUUAUUUCCAACCUAACGAACUUUUUCCAACAGUUUCGCUGAAGUAUAUAAAAACAAGUAUGAAGUGUUGUCAAAUUCGAUUCAUGAAUUGAUGUGGAACGAAAAUGAGAAUAGCUGGUUUGAUUUCAAUCUUGACAUAGAAUCUCAAAGGUAUUAUAAAAAAAACUAGAUGCUCAAAUUAAUUUUGUAAAACAUUUUCAGCAACAAGUUCUACAUUUCGAAUCUUUUCCCACUUCUUCUUCCAUCAAUGCAACAACAUGCCAACAAAACAGUUGAUUUGGUGAAAAACAUCACAAGAUUUGAUGGUAAGUAAAACAGAACUAAAAAAAAUCAAGAAAAAAGAAAGAAACGUGUGUGAAUCACGAUUAAUUUCCAAUUACCUCUUUAUCUAUAUUUUUUGAAUAAUAUUCCGAAUUUUAGGUGGAAUUCCAAUUUCAUUAACACCUUCAACCGAGCAAUGGGAUUAUCCAAAUACAUGGGCACCAACUCAACACUUAUUCAUUCAAAGUCUUCGUGCCACAAACAAUCUUAUUCUUCUUGAGGUAUCGUUACAUUAUACAAUUGAUUUUUACAUUUUUCAAACAUCUAUUUCAUCAGAUCGCCAAAACUCAAUCUCUGAAAUUCAUUGAAACAGUAUACAACGGCGUAUUCAACCCACCAAAAGGACAAAAUGGUACAAUUUGGGAAAAAUAUGAUGCACGAUCUUCAAAUGGAACUCCAGGAAAAGGCGGCGAAUAUAUUGUGAGUUAAUCGGGUUUCAGAUCGAGAAUGCUUUCAAAAAUCUUAUUUUCAGGUUCAAGAAGGGUUCGGUUGGACAAAUGGAGCGGUGAUUGAUCUCAUUUGGCAAGUGAGAGAUGAAUUCCCAAAACGAAUAAUUCCAAAGCCAAGAAACAACUCUCUAAAGAGAAACACACGCAAACCAGCACCACGUAUUGACCAAAAUUCUCUUCUGAUGCAGUGGUUUGUCAUUUCUGUUUUCUUAUUUGUCAUUUGCUGUAUCCUCAUUGACAAUUUCAUAAUUGUUUGUCUCAACUUCCUCGUCACCUUUUUCACAAUUAUUAUUGAAUGUAUCAAUUACCUUCUCCGACUUUGCGAAUCAGAUCCAGAAUAUGACCGUUUCUAA